GAACAUAAGUCUACUGAAAUGAGAGCUACUCAUUACACAACCAAACCCAAUAUCAAUGAAUAUUCUGAAAACUUCACAACCGAGGGGGAGGCAACUGGACAUUUUAGUCAAGAGAGCCUGGUUCUGAUCCGGGAGAACAGGACGUGGAUGGAGGCGGUGAGCUUCUGCCGACGGCACCAUGUGGACCUGGUGUCUGUCCACACUGCCGAGGUGCAGGGUCUGGUGGCCGAGGCGUCCCGAGGGGCCUCCACGCCCCACGUCUGGCUGGGCCUGCGCUUCACCUGCUCCCUGCAGGUCUGGUUCUGGAUCAGCCCGGAGGGUGGCUGCUUCCAGAACUGGGCUCAGGGGUAUGGACCCACCCGGACCAACGGGUGCGGGGACACGGGGGCGAUCGAAACGAAAGGGGACCACCGCUGGGUCAGCCUGCCUGAGACAGAGAAGCUGAACUUUAUCUGCAGCACCUGUGGCAGUCGAAAACGGUAG